UACAAAGUGUGCGGUCUGUUUGCGAGUAUGCUGUGAUGCCGUGUUUAUUAUUAUUUUUAACAAACUUUUUUAUGCCCUUGUCUGUGUUUAUCUCUAGAAAACUUUUUUAAAAAUAACUCUCUAUCAGACUCUAUCCGGAGCUAACCUUGAAAAACCCUCAGGCGCUGCUCUCCCUUUCCUGAAACAAGCUUUAAAAACCCCUCGGUCAGACUCUCUUUUCUGAAGCAAACUUCCUCAGUGACACUCUUUGUUCAGUUUCUGAGCUGUGGACUCAGACUUGGAUUCACGAAACAUUUUCCCCUUAAAUUUAACAUAAUAAAAUUACAUGCAGUUUUUCUUCCCAAACGCAACUUGCCAAAGAACUGUGAAACUGUCUGUGUUUUGGAAGAAAUAUAAUUACAGAAAUUUUGGAAAAAUGUUGACUGAAUCUAGAUGAGUGGCUCGAAUCGUGUUGCCGUGACGUGUUAUGCACGUACUGACUUUUUGGAGUGAAAAUGCACGCAGUUUUAAAAAAAGGGGGUGUGGGAUGGGUACCUCCUUAACGCGCUGUGGACCAAUCAGAAAGGGAAAGGGAAGAAGCAGAAGAAGAAGCUGUCCAAGACGGACACGCUGCAGGAGCAGAGGAAGAAUAAGAAAGAGAUGGAGUUUGAGCUGAAGCUGGCCAGGGAGAAGGAGGAGAUGCACGAGCGGGAGAAACAGCUGAAGAUCAACAGGCUGGUGCAGGAGGUUUCAGAGACUGAGCGGGAGGACCUGGAGGAGUCGGAGAAGGUGCAGCACUGGGUUGAGCGCCUGUGUCAGACGCGUCUGGAGCAGAUCUCCUGCGUGGACAACGACACUCCCGAGGUACCCGCGGGCCCCCCCCCCUCGCUCUUAAAGGGGCCCCGCUGUCCUCUGCCCCUCUCUGGACCCCCUGUGUGUGCUGUGUGACGGCCCAAACCCCUUUUAAGAAAGGCCCAGAGAGUGGCUUCCAUCAGAAUGUAGCUCACAUUAGCAAGUGAUGUACUGUACAAAAAAGUAGCAGCAGCGAUGCUUCAGUCCAGCUGUUGUCUGUUGUUGGAAUAGACUGGU